UCCUGGAUAAAGAACUGUCUCUGGAGGAUGGAGAGAUUUACCAGCACCCUGGAUGGAGCAGUAUUUCUAGCAGGAACUGGGGGAGAGAGCAAAAAUUCCUUGCUGGAUGCUGGGGUUUGCAGACUGAGGCCUGAGGAGUGUUCAACUAACCUUUCUGAAGGUCAGAAUAUUUCCCAGAUGACCGGAAGGUGUUCUCUUCUUCCCUCCUCCAGUCCACACCUCUUGUGUCUAUCUUGGGUUUUUUCUACAGCACACAGUUCCAUGGUAAGGUAUAACAAUGGAUCUAGUCCUGAACUAUGUAGAUUACAACUUUUUUACACCAUACGUGUAUCCAACCCCAUGGCCAGAGGAUGAGCCCUUUCGUCAGAUCAUCAGUCUCCUUAUUGUAACAAAUCUUGGUGCACUUGUGCUUUAUUUGCUGUUUGGAACUCUGAGCUACUACUUGGUUUUUGAUCACUCUCUGAAGCAACACCCCCAGUUUCUAGAGAAUCAGGUGCAGCUUGAGAUAAAAUAUGCUCUCCAGUCACUUCCCUGGAUCAGCAUCCCCACAGUUGCACUCUUCUUUGCAGAGGUCAGAGGUUACAGCCGGCUUUAUGACAACAUUGAAGACUCUCCAUAUGGAUGGUUUGGUGUAAUCCUUAGCAUGCUCUCCUUCCUUUUCUUCACCGACAUGUGCAUUUACUGGAUUCACAGGUUCCUCCAUCAUAAACUUGUGUACAAGCGUCUGCACAAGCCCCAUCACCGCUGGAAGGUUGCUACACCGUUUGCAAGUCACGCCUUCCACCCCGUGGAUGGUUUCCUGCAGAGUAUUCCCUAUCACAUCUAUCCUUUCCUCUUUCCUUUGCACAAGGUGACCUACUUGGGUCUCUACGUUGCUGUCAAUGUCUGGACAAUCUCUAUUCACGAUGGCGAUUACCGCGUGCCAGAUUUCUUGAAACACAUUAUCAAUGGUUCUGCCCAUCACACUGAUCACCACUUGUAUUUUGAUUACAACUAUGGUCAGUAUUUCACACUCUGGGAUAAAAUUGGCGGCUCCUACAAAAGCCCCUCGUCCUUUGAAGGGAAAGGGCCACAUGAUUAUUUGAAAAAGCUAAAGAGCGGAGAAUUGGCCAGUAUUAAAAAUGACCAUGCAGAUGAAGAUGUGGUGAGUAGAGACAAUCUAAAGAAUAAAUAGAUUGUAAAAAGCCCCUGACUUCCCCUUUCUCUUUUAAAAAAGGGGAAAACCUGCUUAUAAAGAGAGCCCUUCCCCUAUUAAAUCAUUCUUGGGAUGAAAGCAUUUUAGGCGCCUAGGGUGGUUAUGAUGGCAUGAUGUAGUUAAGGACUACAAUACAGUCCAUAAUGGGGACCAUUUAUGGUGAGAGUAAAAAGCAUAAGACCUAUGUAAACAUCUAAUGUUGAUGCAACAAUGAGAAUUUUCUGCAGCAUGACAUAUAAAUGUCAGUGCACUGAAAUUGGGAGUGCUUUUCUAGCAUAAUGCAUUAGAGCUUAAGUUAGCAUUUAAAUUCUACCAUAAUGCCAUUAACAAGACAGCUUUUGGAGUAUAGCAAAAAAGGUCUCCUGAAAGUACUAUUGUUCCAGAUAGUAAGUUCUCUCUGCACAGUGAUAACUUACUGGGAAUUUUGCUAAUUCCUCCAGGAUGCUGUAGGUGGCACUAUACAGAAACUUCAGUGUUGCUGCAAUAUUGGUUCAGUGUAAUUAAAAGGAAAAUGUUUGAAUAAAGGAAGACACUUGAGGAAAUAUAAAUGAAUGCUUUGCAUGUGGAAUGUGUGACAGUACACUGUUCUGCAUGUACAUACCUGUAGCUUAAUAAAAGAUGGCAUGCACAUUUUCCAAAAACUAACUUUUCCAGCAACUUUUAAAGGUUAGCUUAGCAUUAAAAUAGAAACUAUCUGAAUCAAAACUGAGCUAAUGUUCUGGUAGAAAUUUUGUGUAUUUUAAAAUAGGAAGAUAAUCCAGACCUAUUUUUAAAUAAAAUCUUACUGUUCAUAAAAAUAAACUAAAUGUUGAAGUGUUUGAAUGGACCUAUUAAUGCUAUUGCAUUGUUCUAGUGAACUAGACAUACCUUUCUUUUUUCCAGCUGCCCAAAUUUGUAUUGCCUUAUACAUGGGCUUAAUGAAUUUGAAAGCAUGAGCUCCCAUUUCUAAUUUCCCUCAUGGUUAAAUAGAAUGUCUUUCAACAUGACAGCAUAAGGUUUUUGCAUGUUUAUAUUUUUUAGGACUGACAGACAGCAUUUGCUACAAAUAAAGUAAAAGUAAUUGUAAAAUACUGAUAGACUGGUAUACUUCCAGAAAGCUAAGUUCCUACACUUUGUGCUGUCAUUUUGCAUGAUUUGAUUGGGAAAACUGAAGUAUAUAAUAUAGAAUACAAACAGUAACUUCUCUAGCUUUAGAUUUAUAGCAUCAGGAAUUCUGUCGUUGAGAAAAUUCUCAAUCUAAGUUUUUUUUGUAGAAUCUUUUGAUAAAUGUAUUUAUAAUUGCUGUGGAAAUCAGCUGGCAGGUAAAAAUCCUACAGUAAUACUGUACCUUUUGAAGGAAGGAAAACUCUUGAAUUGUGGCCACUGUUUUCAGAGGAUGGGAAAUACUUACAGGUUGCUGUUAGCUUUCCUAAACUGGUGUGAAGUCAAUGUUACCAGUUGUCUUAUUGGCUUUGUUUGCUGUUCUGAUUUGAUUUUUUUCCCCUCCCCUCUUAGCAUUUGACAGUGUUACUUUUGAAGACUAAGCAAAAAUAUUUUUAUCAUGCAGACAUGCACUGCACUACAUAUCACAGAUUUGAUUAGAACUGGUGUAUUUAAAAAAAAAUUCUGAAGACAGUGUAAGGAACAGUUCUAUUUUGCAGGGGUCUAAAACAUUUUAAAUGUAGAUUGGUUUCUUACCUACGCUAUGUAAACUAGUUUUUACAAACUGCUUACAAAAAAUUAAAGCUUGACUGCUUCUAAAAGUUUAUCUAGCAUUACAAAAUUACCCAACAGCAGGAGACGAAGAGUGUGUGGGGAGUUCCCCACACUUCAGGAAGUAAGGAUCCCCCUGGUAUCAUAGCAGUGUAAUGUCUAUCUUGCAUGGCAGUAAGAGUUCCCUUACGCUUUACCUGUAGUGAAAUAGUUUGAAUGGGGAGAAGGUAGAACAGGCCUUUAAAGGCAGGAAAGCUGUGUAGUUGCCUUGUAGGAGAAUUUGGUAACUGUAGGAAAACUAGGAAACUUGCAAUCCUGGCUUCCCCCUUGCAUGAUAAAAGGACCUGUAGAAGAGAACCUUAGCUGCUGUGACCUGCCCACUAAGCAGCCUCAUCCCUCCCCAGCUGGAGUUUCAGUUGAAAAUGGAACAGAGCAACCAGUGGGUAGAGGUUUCAGCCCUUACAGGCUCUCUCCACUUCCCCAGACUGUCUGCAGCAAGAUGACCUGCCAUGGUCUUGAAUCCCUCCACUAUCUGGGGAGCUGCUUACUGGAUUCUGAUUUAUGCUGCUGAGAUAGAAAAAUAGCAGCAGCUGUGCCCUGGAGUUCUUAUCCAGGCAGUUUCAGAGGGGCUUCAUAAGCCUGGUGCUUGCUCAGCAGGACUCUAGCUGGCCUGUUCAGGGGUAGGUUGCAGGCAUGCCCCAAAGCUGUUGCUCCCAUUGCUGUCACUUUCUCUGAACACUUGGUUCCUGGGAGAAUUGGGGAGCAUGAGAGACUUGGUUUGUGAAUUGCAUUAAACACUGCUCCUAUGGAGCCUAAUUCUACUCGUGUGCCCAACUCACUGUAAUCCACCUAGGAGCUGACAGUAGGUGUUGUAAGAUAGACGGAGAUCAGUAGGCAGAAGGGGGGCUUAGAAAGUGGGGGGGGGGGUUGGAAAAGUAAACUUCAGGUAUGAUUAUGAACCUUCUCCUUGCCUUCCCCCCACAGUCCCCUUACAGAGUAAGUUCAGUUCCUACGGUGAAAUGUUUUAUUAUGGGUGUUCAGAAAGCACUUCUAGAAUAUAGACAGAAUAGCAAAGUUCCCACCCCCACCAGAAACCAAAUGCCUUAAAGGGAGAACAAAAAAUGCAUCUAGGGCUUAGUUUUUCAGGGAUGCUGACCAGCUGCAGCACCCACUGCCUUCCAGGGACUGACUUUCAGCUGCUCUGUUCAUAAAUUGGUUAGCCAAAUACUAAUGCACAGUGCCAUUCAGUAGCAGCAUUUAGAACCAUUAAUCUCUAGAAUAAAUGGAUAAUCAAAGUAGAGAAAAAGCAGCAUUCCUUAUGAGAGCGCUUUUCAGACAGUGAGAGCUUGUUCACCAAAUGCUAUGCACUGUUGGUUAUUGUGCCAUAACUAGUGUAGUCUCCAUAAGUGAAAUAUGCCAAAUACCUAAUAGCAGUGGGUGAGGAAGGGAGCAGGCCUGUAAGUUGAGAUGGUAAGAGCAGCUCUGAGUGGAUAGAUGUGUUCCUCUCCAUGCAAUUUAUGUUAACA